AUGUUGAAGAGAUUAGCCAAGAGAAAAGCUGACCAUGAGCAACUGUCGGACGAUCCUGGGGCGUUAACCAAGGAAAACAAUACCAAGAAGAAGAGGACUAGUACGAAUAGACGCCUUUCACGACUUGAAGAGUACAACGAAGAUGAGGGCCGAGAAAGUAGCCGAAAUUUUCAACGAUGGGCCGAGAUUUUCGAGGGCAAUACCAAAGGCGAAGUUACGAAGUCGAAGGCUUUCAUCAAGAACUUUGGAGCGAAAGUUAAGAAGCAGACAGAUAAGGUGCGAGAGUAUAUUCAAGAACAGGAGAAACAACUCGCUCAGACCAAUGGUAAACUCGUAGAAACCUUUGGACAGCUUUACUCAAAUACCGUUCUCUCUCAUGAAUCACACGGCGAGGCACGUAACCCAACCAAGGAGGGCCAUAUCUUAUUCCAAGAUGCGCGGUCCAUCAUCUCAGGAAGCUAUGCAUUGCUCAGAAAGUUCAAGGAGACGGACGAGCAACUUAAGAGUUAUAAGUUGGAGCUUCCCACCGCGAAAUGGAAACAGGAUAAGCAGGAUAUGAAAGACCUUCUCUCUUGCGGCCGCGAGUACGGAGAGAAACUCGUCGAGGAUAAGCUUAGGCCAGAAGCUCACAUACUUGGCCAGCCCGAUAGAUACAAGGACAAUGAAAAGGAGAGCAUGGCUUCAGAUCUCUUUAAAGAGAGCCGCAUGGCGCUAGACGGGGAUACUUGGGGUACGGUUGCGGCGGAGCAAGUCAAGAAAUUCACGGCUAUCGCGAAGUCUGUUCCCUUGAGAGAACAGGAAAGAGUAAGGCGUCUAUCGCGGGGACAAUAGAAGAGCAUAUUGAGAAUUUGUGAUGAUAGAAUGUAACUGGCUGUAUUAGCUUGUAUCAUGGAGCAUUAGACUGCCUAGGUAAAUGUUGCUAUAACUAUCAACCUCGAGUUUCUUGA